AUGCCCGGCCAUGGCACUGCCAGCUUCGGGGACAGGGUCGGCACCGGACCUCCUCCUGUACCAGGGCUGCGCUGCUUGCUGAGGCUGCUCAAUGACGGCCACAGCUCCAUGGCUGCAUACGCAGCGGGCUUCCUCGCUCCUUGUUCCGGGCCGCAGCCAGAGGCCAGGGAUCAGCAGGAGUGCUCCCUCUGGGCACCAGGAGGCCCUGGGGAUCACACAGCCACCACCCGGGACCCCCGGAACCACCCGGAGCCCCUCGGGUCCACCCGGAGCCCCCGGUACCACCUGGAGCCCCUCGGGUCCACCCGGGACCCCCGGUACCACCCGGAGCCCCUCGGGUCCACCCGGAGCCCCCGGAACCACCCGGAGCCCCUCGGGUCCACCCGGGACCCCCGGAACCACCCGGAACCCCCGGAACCACCCGGAGCCCCUCGGGUCCACCCAGAACCCCCAGUACCACCCGGAGCCCCUCGGGUCCACCCGGAACCCCCGGUACCACCCGGAGCCCCUCGGGUCCACCUGGAACCCCCGGUACCACCCGGAACCCCCGGUACCACCCGGAACCCCCGGUACCACCCGGAGCCCCUCGGGUCCACCCGGAACCCCCGGAACCACCCGGAGCCCCUCGGGUCCACCCGGGACCCCCGGUACCACCCGGAGCCCCUCGGGUCCACCCGGAACCCCCAGUACCACCCGGAGCCCCUCGGGUCCACCCGGAACCCCCGGUACCACCCGGAGCCCCUCGGGUCCACCCGGAACCCCUGGCCGUGGGAGCACACCCUCCUGGCUGGGAGGGCACCGGAAGCCGGUGCCAGCGGCGGCGGGGGAGGCGGGACUGGGGCAGCUCAGCUCCACGUGCAGAUGGUGCAGACGGUGCAGGUGGUGCAGGCGGUGCAGACGGUGCAGUCGGUGCAGACGGCAGGCAGUGGCCGGAGGAUGCACAACUGGGCGUCCACCAGUGACCCAGGCGGCCCAGAUCGUCCUCCUCGGGAGCCUCGCUCACAGCUUCCCAUGCCCUCCCUGGGCCUCGCCACUGCCUGCGGGCGGAGGCCGGGUGGCUCUGGACAGUGGCCACCCUCCGUGGCCGGCCAGCCCCUCGGCAGCAGGCACACUUCAUCUCCGGGCACUUUCAGGCCAGCACAGGCCCUGCUGUGA